AUGGGAGCUUGUGAAAGUGCGCCGGUCCAGGCAGGCGAGUUCAAGGUGGAGAGGCAUCCUGCCAUGAGUGGUAUGGAGAGCCGCGUGGUGCAGAAGUUUGGCUGGAUCCCCGACAUGCCAGACCACCGCGACAAGCACUUGACCUUCUCGGCGGUUGAGGCACCGAGCUCGAUCAAGAAGAAGUCCGAUGGGGCGAAGGAGAUUGUAGAUCUGCGCCCCGAGAACGGUGGCUUCCCUAUCUUCGACCAGGGGCAUCUUGGGAGCUGCACGGCAAACGCCCUCGCAGCCGCCUUUCACUUCACCCUCCACAAGAUGGAGGUGGAGAACGACAAGGACUUCGCCGACUUCACUCCGAGCCGCUUGUUCAUCUACUACAACGAGCGCUUGGUUGAGGGCAGCGUGAACCAGGAUGCUGGAGCGAUGAUCCGCGACGGCAUCAAGACGAUGUCCAAGGUCGGCGUCUGCCCUGAGAGCGUCUGGAAGUACGACGACGGCCCGGACUUCUUCAAGCAGCAGCCGGAUUCCAGGUCCUACGAUAUCGCACAGAAGUGCAAGGUCAUCGGUUACGCCCGAGUUGCGCAGGACCUGAGCCAGAUGAAGAUGUGCAUCAAGAGCGGCUACCCUUUCGUCUUCGGCUUUGCCGUCCUGUCAAGCUUCCAGACAGCGGAGGUUGCCAGGACCGGCAAGAUGGUGAUGCCCCAGGCGAACGACCAGCAGCUGGGCGGCCAUGCCGUCUGCGCCGUAGGCUACGACGACUUCCAGCAGUGCUUCAUCGUCCGCAACUCCUGGGGAGAGGGGUGGGGUGACAAGGGAUACUUCUACAUGCCCUACGAUUAUAUCUGCAACCCAGCUCUUGCCAUGGAUCUCUGGGCCAUCAACUGGGUCGAGGGCUUCAAGAACGCGGAGGCGGCACAGUUCACGAUCUCGCAGAAUCCGGCCAUGAAGAGCGUGGAGACCCGCGCCAUUCAGAAGUUCGGGUGGAAGCCGGACAUGCCGGACCACCGCGAUCUCCAUGUCACCUUCCCAAAGGUGGAGGCGCCCACCAAGAUCAAGAAGAAGGCAGAGGGACAGAAGGAGAUCGUGGACCUGCGCCCGAUGAACGGUGGCUUCCCCAUCUUCGACCAGGGACAUCUUGGAAGCUGCACAGCGAACGCGUUGGCCGCGGCCUUCCACUUCACCCUUCAUAAGAUGGAGGUAGAGAACAACAAGGACUUUGCCGACUUCACCCCAAGCCGCUUGUUCAUCUACUACAACGAGCGCCUUGUUGAGGGCAGCGUGAGCCAGGAUGCUGGGGCCAUGAUUCGCGACGGCAUCAAGACGAUGUCCAAGGUCGGUGUCUGCCCUGAGAGCGUUUGGAAGUACGACGAUGGCCCGACCUUCUUCAAGCAAGAGCCCAACCAGCAGGCCUACGAGAUCGCGCAGAAGUGCAGGGUCAUGGGCUAUGCCCGCGUCGCGCAGGACCUGAGCCAGAUGAAGAUGUGCAUCAAGAGCGGCUACCCUUUCGUCUUCGGCUUUGCCGUCCUGUCAAGCUUCCAGACAGCGGAGGUUGCCAGGACCGGCAAGAUGGUGAUGCCCCAGGCGAACGACCAGCAGCUGGGCGGCCAUGCCGUCUGCGCCGUAGGCUACGACGACUUCCAGCAGUGCUUCAUCGUCCGCAACUCCUGGGGAGAGGCGUGGGGUGACAAGGGCUACUUCUACAUGCCUUACGAGUACAUCUGCCACCCCUCCCUCGCCUCCGACUUCUGGGCCAUCAACUGGGUGGAGGGCUUCAAGAAUGCUUCGGCAAAGCCGAUCAAGAAGUGA